GUCGCUGUGCUGCGGCCGCUUCCAGUGCAGCUCUUCCAAAAGGAGGAGAAAGCGCGUUGCGACUCGCCUCCGCGCAUUUGAACGAGCCGUGAGCCUCGCGGUGACCCGGGAGUGCGAAAGUCAGCCGGGGUCACCCCUCCCAGGACAGGGAAGGGGUGGCGGUCGGCCGAGCCUGCGGGACCCGCCUCUGUCGGCGCCUCUCCGGGCCCCGCUCUGUCCCCGGGGUCCCGUGAUGGCGGCGGUGUGGAUGGACCCUGAGCAGGUAUCAGUGACCUUCGACGAUGUGGCCGUGACUUUUACCCAGGAGGAGUGGGGGCAGCUGGACCCGGCCCAGAGGACCCUGUACCAGGAGGUGAUGCUGGAAAACUGUGGACUUCUGGUGUCUCUGGGGUGUCCUGUUCCUCGACCGGAGCUGAUCUGCCAGCUGGAGCGCGGGCAGCAGCUGUGGACGGCGAAGAGAGACCCGUCCCGGAGCACCUAUCCAGGUGACAAAGGAAAACCCAAGACCAUAGUAUCUGCCAUUGGUGAGCCAGCCCUGUCUGAGGGAGACCCCCUCCAGGAACAAGCAAUACAAGGAGUUGUAGGAGACUCCCAGAAUGGCCAAACCAAGGAUCAGAAUGGGUCAUUGGAAAUGCAAGGACAUUUGAGACCAGAGCUAGAUCCCCAGAAAGAGAAGGUCCAUGGGAAAUCAAGCUCUGAACAUGGCAACAUAGGGACGGCUGAUAAUGAGUGUUCAAAGAUUGUACAGAAGUCAGUCCCUCUGCGAGUUGUUGUCCAUGACCAUGACACAUGUGGAUCAGGUAAAGAUCCCACGAUUCGAGAAGAAGAAAAUAUCUUUAAAUGCAAGGAAUGUGGGAAAAUUUUUAACAAGAAACGCCUCCUUGCUCGACAUGAGAGGAUUCACUCUGGAGUGAAACCCUAUGAAUGCACAGAGUGCGGGAAAACCUUUAGUAAAAGCACUUAUCUCCUCCAGCACCACAUGGUGCACACGGGGGAGAAGCCCUACAAGUGCAUGGAGUGCGGGAAGGCCUUCAACCGCAAGUCACACCUUACCCAGCACCAGCGGAUUCAUAGUGGAGAGAAACCUUAUAAGUGCAACGAGUGUGGAAAGGCUUUCACCCACCGCUCUACUUUUGUCUUGCAUAACAGGAGCCACACUGGAGAGAAACCCUUUGUGUGCAAAGAAUGUGGAAAAGCCUUCCGAGAUAGGCCAGGUUUCAUUCGUCACUACAUAAUCCACAGUGGUGAGAACCCCUAUGAGUGCUUCGAGUGUGGCAAGGUCUUCAAACACAGGUCCUACCUCAUGUGGCACCAGCAGACUCACACGGGGGAGAAGCCCUACGAGUGCAGCGAGUGCGGGAAGGCCUUCUGCGAGAGCGCGGCCCUCAUCCACCACUACGUCAUCCACACGGGGGAGAAGCCCUUCGAGUGCCUGGAGUGCGGGAAGGCCUUCAACCACAGGUCCUACCUCAAGCGGCACCAGAGGAUCCACACCGGGGAGAAGCCCUAUGUGUGCACCGAGUGUGGAAAGGCCUUCACCCACUGCUCCACUUUCAUCUUGCACAAAAGGGCCCACACCGGAGAAAAGCCUUUUGAGUGCAAAGAAUGUGGGAAAGCCUUCAGCAAUCGUGCAGACCUCAUCCGUCACUUCAGCAUCCACACCGGGGAGAAGCCCUACGAGUGCAUGGAGUGCGGGAAGGCCUUCAACCGCCGCUCGGGGCUCACAAGGCACCAGCGGAUUCACAGUGGAGAAAAGCCCUAUGAGUGUGUCGAGUGUGGGAAAACCUUCUGCUGGAGCACAAACCUUAUUCGACACUCCAUCAUCCACACCGGGGAGAAGCCCUAUGAGUGCACUGAGUGCGGAAAGGCCUUCAGUCGCAGCUCCUCCCUCACUCAGCAUCAGAGGAUUCAUACUGGGAGACACCCCGUCAGCGUCGGCGCCACAGAAGUGGGGAGACCCUUCAAGAGUGGGCAGUCCUCCGUCAACCUCCAAGAGCUCCUAUUGGGGAAAGACUUUUUGAAUGUAGCCACUGAGGAAACCUCUUACCCAGAAUCUGAUGGUUCAUACCAAAGAGAAACCCCUCAGUUUUCUUCCCUGUGAGAUGUCCUUCUGUUGCAGGAUAUCCUUUGUCUUCUAAGGAGUCAUACUGGAAAUUCUUCCAGCCCAGAGCCUUAUUCUUCAUCUGAGAACUCAUCCAGGGAGAGACCCAGUGGUUAUGUGCAUGUAGGAAAACCUUCAGUUGUGUCUUUUUCCUUAAUUUACACUGCAGUGUUAUCUCAGGAAUUUUUUUUCUUUUUUGUUUUUUAAGGAUAGACUUAGAACAGACAAUGAACUGCAAACACAGCUUCCUUCCGACUUCCUUGCCAGGCCUUUGGCACUUUGUCAUGGAUUCCUUAGUUUACUUGGCAGUAGGAGGCUUUUGUUAGAGGUAUAAAGGACCUAGACUUUUUAUCUGUCCUGUAUAUACAUUCAUUGCUCUCCAACAUCAAGAGAGGUAGACAGUUGAGGGCAGGUUCAGAAACUCAUGAAUGUCUUCUCUGUUCUAAAACAUUGUCUCUGUUCUCAAGGAGCUUAAUUUUUGUGAGAAAUGUAAUGGCUAAAGCCAUCAAACACCUUUAUACUUGAGAUGAGAAUACACAUAUGAAUGGGCACAUCUUAUUGCACCUGUUAAGACUGUUGAAGGCUUUGAUUAAAAAAAAAAAAAAUGUUUUCUUCAUGUGGCUUUAAGGAGCUGAUACACAGACAUUUUCUUGGUCCUGUACUAUUGGUUCACUUGAUUGCUAUAAUUAGGUGGUAAAUAUUUUAGUUGCAUAAAAUGAUUACU